AUGCCAGCAGAGAUGUUCAGCGUUGAAAAUCUGUCGCAAGACCUCCUGGGAGCCGAAUCCUCGUCGCGGAUCGACGACAACAACAUACUCGACUCGCCUGGCGGGAACUUGACAGUUUGGACUCUCCCUGAAGACUCAGGGUCAACAUUCAGCAUCGAGGAACCAAUGGGAGUGAUUGGACAGCUGUUUGGUGAUUCCACGAGCCACCCAAUGUUGCAGUCUCAGAACCCAUCGCAGGAAGAGCAAUCUCUCGUCCAGUCUCGAUAUUCAUGCCCUGACCCGCACCGACACAUGUCCAACACCCCAACCACUCUAUCUGAAUACUUUUUCCGAGAAGUUAUUACUCUCUACUGUUCUUGGGAUAGUGAACAAAAUGUUAUGCGCAAUAUCAUUGAGAAGAUGUGGCAGUCUUCCGGCGUCCUCUAUCAUACCAUACAGAGCAUGGCUGCAGCAUGCUUGUCAAAAGACUUCCCGCACCUGCUACCGGUCGCUCGUGAGGAACGUUCACAAGCACUUCAACUUGUGAAGAAUGGACCUCGGGAGGUAGAGAGGCAGGUAAUGCUGCUUGCAUCCAUGCUUCUUGGCCAUACAUCGAGCUGGCUAAGCCCUCACAACCUUGCAACCGAGACCUUUCGAGCAAGCCAAAAUAUACUGGAUGAAAUUGCCACCGACAAUAGUGACUGCUCAGAGAUGUCCUUUUUUAGAGACACCAUGGACUAUUGGGCUAUGCUUCUGGUCUACCUUACUGACAAGAACGAGCUGGGGGGGUACCAUCGAGAGGAACGGAUCGGACCAGCAAACUUGAUGAAACCAAUCGAACCACAUCCCUACUCUGGCAUUUCACAAGAUAUGGUGCGUGCACUGACCGAUACGGGGAUACUCAUCUUUCAAUAUCGGAAACAUAUGUCCACGAUGAAGUUCAUGACGGAAAGCGAUCUCGACGUGUUCAGAACUGCAUUACGUGAGGGCAGACGGCUGGAACGCACAUUUCUAGCACAUCAAGUGCCAAGCGCUGUCCACACCAAGAACCCUGGCGAUCCGAAGACACCACUGAAGCAUCUGGAGCUUAUGGAUGAAGCAUAUCGAUGUACAGGGCUGUUGCAGCUGUAUCGGGUUUUUCCCGAUCUUCUGAACGAAAGAUACUCACCGUGGAGCAAGAAUCACAUUCUGCGCCCCUCACCAGCACACCAAGUGCCAACAAAGCAAGAAAGACAGCUGUGGCUUACACAGUUUGCUUUGCAUAUCCUUGGUAUCUUGGAAGAGAUUCCAUUUGAGUCAAGAACUCGCAGUGCUCAGCCGUUCGUUAUGGUUGCUAUAUCCGGUGAACUCAGGCAGACUUCUCGGAGUUUUUGUGGCUCUGAAGUCACCAUCACAGACCCGGGAGUCUUAAGCAUUGAUGGUAUAUCUAUCGAAGUGGCCCGUGCUCGGAAGUUUGUGAGAUCCCGGUUGUCGGCGUAUACACACAUUCUGCCCUUGCGAAAGAGCCAGGUUAUUCUGGAGCUCAUCAAUCAAGUCUGGUCGGCAAUUGAUGAUGGACAGGAGGAUGCUUACUGGUUGGAUAUUGCUUACGAGAAAAAAUUGGGCACGAUGAUGGGGUAG